GCAGGUCUAUCCGGGCUCGUGUAGCUGACGUCGUUGGUGUGGUGUGUCAGCCGUUUGUCUACUGGGUAACACACUGCUGUUGUCGAUACAACCAACGAAGCCAUCUACAGAAGUCACCGAGACGACGGGGAACAAGCUCUGAAAUAGUCUUGACCCUUUUAGGGAGGUUGCAAGGAAUUUCACGUACAGUCUCUUCUCUUGCUGUUUAGGCGCGAUGGAGGACUACGAAUCCGUGCUCCUAGUGAAGAACGAGGUUUUCAUCUACAAAAUCCCGCCUCUGACGACGAACAAAGGCUACAAGGCGUCCGAUUGGAAACUGGAUCAGCCCGAGUGGACAGGCAGGCUGAAGCUGACGGCUAAGGGACUCGAUUGUGUGCUUAAAUUGGAAGACAAGAACACUGGUGAGCUCUUCGCCAAGUGUCCUGUCGAUAAAUAUCCUGGCGUCGCGGUGGAAGCCGUCACAGACUCUUCGCGGUAUUUCGUCAUUAGACUGCAGGACGACGACGGGAGAAACGCUUUCAUCGGCAUGGGUUUCGCGGACAGGAGCGACUCAUUCGAUUUGAACGUCGCGCUCCAAGAUCAUUUCAAAUGGGUCGAGAAAUCGCAAGAUACCUCCAUGACGGAAGAGAACAAGGGUCCUUCGCAAUUCCUGGGCUUCAAAGACGGCGAAACUAUCAAAAUCAACGUUAACAUUGGAAAGAAGGGGGGCAGCAGCCGACCACGCACAGAGAGGAGCGCAGCGAGCUCUGGCGGAAUACUCCUCCCUCCGCCGCCAGGAGGUGUGAAAUUAACUACGAAUACCGCUUCAGCUCGAGCGACACCUUCGCAACCUGUUCAAGCGAAGUCGGCCGCACCUUCGGCGGGGGAUAAUUGGAUUCAGUUUUAAUGGAUCGAUCGUUGAUUGCAGUAUGUAAGACACGCAAGCGAUUUUAAUUUUCACCUCUAUGAAGGGCUUGUACAUUGCGCACAUCGAGCCAACUGGAGAGGAGGUUGUAUAUAUAUUCAUCCGGAUGUUAUUAGGCCGCAUGGUUAUAUUGCGCAGAAUCGUACUUUAGUCUGAUGUAGGGAAACAUGUUCAUGUCGGUGUUGUCCUGACUUUUUUCCUUUCGGGAGUGGCUGAGCUGUUCACAUCACGUUCUAGUGUGCCCUCGAAGAACCACGAGGAGCUCCGUUUGGACGCAAUUCCGAACUUUUCAAGGUCAGUUUUUCGUCCAGGUUUUUGGGUGGGUGUCGCACGGCUGCGAUAGAGUUCCGUCGUUACACUAAAUACUGUUGAUUGGGAAGGAAAAAUAUACCUGGUUAUUAGUCCAACAGUCCUGGUUAUUAAGCCCAGCGUAGUCUAUCAGCGGGGUGGGGAUCCGGAAACCGGGCCGGUCUUGGAACCCCUAUGAAGUAGAACUUCCUCGACCGGAAACAAAUCGCAACUCUGGCGGCUGACGCUGCCUCCCGAUUCUCGCAAGGACUGAGGGGGGUUCAUCCUCGCUCCGAAAAUUAGGGGAUUCUCACUUCAGCACAAAGCCCGAUUCAACUAUCAUUCAGCUUUUAGAUUUCCGCGCAGGUCAUAGAGGGGAGUACAUGUGUAGAACUUUGUUGGAGACAUGGGUACACGUCGACGCUCAUCGCCCUUAUCCGAGAGUGCUAUUAUUCGAGCAUGAGUGUGCUGCAAGUGAGAACGUAUAUAGACUUCUAUGGUCUCUACUGCCGCGGAACUGAAAACUAUAGACCUACAUACAGCAAAUAUAUUGAGUCGGAAGUAGUAGAAUAAAAAUUACCUUC